GCCUCCAUCACUCAGAGAAGACCUUACCUCCUCCAUCACCACCCCUGUCACUGCUUGCCAUAACAACUUCCACUUUACUCCUCCUCUCCUCCACUUCCCCUCCUCCUUAUCCUCCACUUCUUUCUCCCUUCCCUCUACUUGUGCUCAAUAUAGAAGAACAAAGGCUCUGCAAAUGGAGCAAAGUAAGGACACUGAAAAAGAUAACGUCCAAAGGAACAUAGAUUCAGAACUGAGUGGUCCUUUAAGAGUAUUUUGGAGAUCAAAAGAGUGGGAUUCCAAAGCUUCAAAAUUUGCUUCAGACGAGUCGCUGACACAAGAGAAAAAGAUUAGUGGUAAAAAAAAGGGAAAGCGUAAGAGACGAAGAACCCCAAGUGACCAUGUGGAGUCUAAUGAGCAGCUGAGUUCCUGUCAAAGAGUCACAUUCCCCUGCUCUGUCUGCCACCAAGAAAUCAAUGCAGCUCAAACUUUUCUCCAUAAGAAACAUCACAAUGCUCUGAGUAUGCUGGGUUUCCAGUGGAUGGGAGGGAAGAAACCGAAGCCCUCUGUGGUCAGUAUUCAGAGACAGUUAGUGAUUUCUAAACUAUUGACAUCUUUCAUGUUCAGUGAAAAAGUUCUUCAGAGUUUGAAUUACGCAUUUGAGCUGCUUUGGAAGAAACAAGUCCCAUCAUACUUCAGACUUUGUGAUAAGGUUGGCCAGACUUCUACACAUUCUCCAAAUAUCUCCCACCUGCUGAUUAAAGGUGUAGCCAUCUGUGGCAACAGUAAUUCAACCUGGAAAGCUGACCCAGAUGGUAAAUUCACGAUCAUGAAUGAUUUUGGUGAUAAAGCCAAUGUGUGCUUUUUUGGUUUGUUUGAUGGCCAUCAUGGCAAUGCAGCAGCAGAUCUGGCAUCAAAGGAGUUCCAGGUUUUACUUCUCCAUCAACUGUCUAAACAGGAUCCUUCCUACCAAAUGACAGCUGAGCAGCAGCAACUGAUUGAUUCCUUUCAGACUGUGUUCAGGGAAGAAUACAGAGCCACAGAAGAGGCCUUCUCUUCUGCAUACAAAACCUUCAGAACCAAUAGACGGGAGUAUGAAGAAAUACACAAAGUCUUUGCAAAGGCAUUUUGGAGAAUGGAUAGGCUUCUACGGCUCGGAAGGAACGAGGUUUCCCGGGUUCGGUGGAGCGGCUGCUCUGCGCUCACUUGUAUAUUAGAGGGUGUGAUUAAGAACCCAUACACUAAUAAGGACUGGGCAAAAAUGGAUCAGCAGUGCGCUGACAGUUUUCCCUCCCAAAAGAUCCCACAGAUCAUCUCUGGAGUUUUACACAUUGCAAAUGCUGGCAAUGUGCAAGCCGUCUUAUGCAGAAAUGGAAAAGGGUUUUGUCUGACCAAAGAACACACUACACGAAACACCAAAGAGAGAAUAAGAGUCCUUCAGAGAGGAGCAGUCAUCAGUUCAAAUGGCCUCCUGGAAGGGCACAUAAAAACCACCAGAGGUCUUGGAUUCCAUGGAAACCUCACACUGAAGAAAUUCAUUAUUCCAGCACCCCACACGAUUUCUGUCCCUAUAGAUGAUUUAUGUCAGUUUCUCAUCUUAGCCACUGAUGGGCUUUGGGAAGUUCUGGAUAAGAAGGAAGUCACUGCACUGGUAAUAACCUUGUUUCAUGCAUAUAAACAAACAUGUGCUUCUGGCCCUAAAAACAAAUCCUGGCCAUCUAAAGAGCCUCUUUCACCAUCAGACAGUAACAUCCGAGUGCUGUUCCAAUACAAACCUGAAUAUGAAGAAGUUAUGUCAACUACUAGUCUAACGAAAAGGUCAUCUAAUUCAGUAUUUUCUGAAGCUUGCAUUUAUCAAACUAAAAAUACAGAAACAUUUCCUUCAGAAGUGACUAACUAUGACCCUUGCAGCAAGAAAGAACUAUAUGCUAAGAAUUUCUAUGGAGGUGCAGCUGAGUACAUUGGUCGUGAACUUAUAAGUACUGCUUUAGAAGGUGGUUCCAGAGACAGCAUUACUGUUAUGGUAAUGUUUCUAAAUGGCAGUGAGUAUCAGCUGCUGUCAUAAAAACAUUCUGAAGACCUAGUGCAGCAAACAGUACCACAAAGACUUCAGUACAUCAGACUCUAGGACAGAUAAUGACUGUGAGAAUCAUUCUUAAGAAAAGGGAAGAAAAUACAAAAGCUUCCAGUUAUAUACCAUGCGUGUUAUGCUCACUACUUUAUGUUAAAGAGAAAGAAAACUCAAUGUUGCUUUUUAUACCACUUUAUUCCAACCUGAGCACCUCAAUAUAAAACUAAACACUGGUGAACUGUUUUCCUUACUAAUUUUGAGUUACUGUAAAAUGUACAAGUUCUGCUAGCAGAUCAACACUUAAAUAGAUUAAAUCAUCUGACACAUGGUAGAUUUCAUAUAAUGAAAAUAACUAAAAUAAUUAGUGCAAUAUACUGAUCAAAAUAAAAUGGACUUUGAAAAACAAGGUUUCAAGAUUAUUACUAAUAACAUUGUAAUACUUAUGUUACAAAUUACAGGUACAGUGUUUAUUAUGGUUCUAGCCAUGAAAGAACAGCAAAGCCCCUUCCUUUCAUAGGGGGAGAAAGAAAUAAUUAGCUGUUUUAGUAACUGUACAUUUUGUAUACGCUUAGGCAAUUCUUAAUUACAGAAAAUAAUAAACAUGGAGAC